AUGUCCAACAAACCCUCCGCCAAGGCCAUCGCUCGCCUCAACGCCACCACCCUCUUCCCCGAAAUCAAGAAAGGCACGCUCAUAAAGAACCCUUCGCUCUUCGCUAUCCGCGGCUUCUUUAUCUUCAAUGUCACGAAGAAGGGCGUCCCUAUGACCGAAUGGUAUUUACUGUUUCAAGGAUUCGAUGCACCUGCUGUCGUGUCUCAGAAGAAACCCGAGAUCCCCAAGGCCAAGAAGGACGAAUCCCCUAUCCCUGUGGCCAUCAUCCAGAUCGAGGACUCGGACUUGAUGAACUUUAUGAGCGGAGGACUCACCGGAUCUCGCGGUAUUGUCAAUGGAAAGAUCAAGAUUGCAGGAGCAAUGGAAUUGGCGGAGCAGUUAGAGGAGAUCUUUAGAAAGGCAAAGGGCGCCGAGAAGACAUUGGCCUACCUCGACCAUAAGCGCGGCAAGUCUGAGAAGGCCAAGGCUCGCCUCUAA